UUGGAGUAUUAAAAAAAUUACACGCAUACAUAAAUUUUAUGUUAAAUUUUUGUUGACCCAAAACCGUUGUGUAAAUUUGAAACCUGACAAAAUAUAGAGGGGCCAAGCAGAAAAUGUAAUGUGGGAGACAUCUAUCCGUGGUCAAAUAGACCCAUCAUUCUUUUUUCAUAUAAAAAGGGGUUAUGAAAUUGAAGCUUAGUGACAUAGUGGGGUCAGCUGCACAGACAACCCCUCAACGGAUCUGUGUUACAGAACUGCAGCCCGCCCUGUUUUUCAAAAUUUGAAUAUUUUCUCUCAUUGUCAUUGUCAUUAAUAAAAAAGUUACAACCUUUUUUAUAAAAAAUGAUUCUUUGGCAGCGUUUCACACCACUUCCCUAUUCUAAUUUAAUCCUAUUCUCAUUUUCUUUCUUUCUUUCUAUCUCUGUAAUAAAAAAACCAACUUUCAUUCAUAACACCAAAUUCCUUCCAUUUUUCUUCAAGCAUCUCUUUCUCAAGGCGAAACCACAAAGUUCCAUGGGUGCAUGUUUGAGUAAGAAGAAAGGGUCUCCCAUCUCCUCCUCCACAACAGCACCUGUUGUGUCUGAGCUGAAAAAUCCUUCUCUUAGUGGUGUCACUGUUUCCAAAACCAAAGUGGAAACUGAGCCACAAGUGAAACUGAAGAAGGAGAAUAAGACACUGCAAGAGAACCAUGCGUCAGUGCAAGAAGGUGAAGGGCAAGUGAAAAAGGAGAUAUUCAUUAUCAAGCACAGGAGGAGCCAUGAUGAUAGAGAGAGAAAUUCCAAGUUCCCACAGCAGAAUGCACCACAACAACCAGUUACUACAACCGUUGAAACAGCUGAAUCUAUUGGUGACAAAACUGCACCACCAGCAGCAACAAACAUGGGUGUUGGAGUAAGAACUUCCAGCUGCACCAAAGAAGAGGUGGAUGCAAUUCUUAUACAUUGUGGGAGACUCAGCAGAAGCUCUUCAGGUAAUGCUGUUGCUGCUUCUGUGGAACGUGGGAGAAAGUACUCAGGUUCAAAGAGAAGUUUUGAUUUUGAUAACUGUGACAAUGACACCAUUUCCACUGAUGAGGACCAAAAGAAAGCCAUUGAUGAAAGGCAUCAACACCGGCCGCGGCAUCGCAGCCAGUCUUCAAGGCCUUCUUCUCAGGAAAGAAGAAGAAGAACACCUAGUAGGGAAAGAGAACAGCAACAAGGUUCAAGUAGCAGAGAGAGGAGAGUUAGUAGAUCCCCUGGAAGAAGAUCAUCAGAGACAACCACAAUUGCCAAUGCAAGAAACAAUGGUAGCACUAGUUCUAGGCCUGGAAAGAUGGUUUCUGUGCCUGCUACUGUUUCAUCCUUGGUGAUGGAUAAGAGUAACAAUGGUUGUGUUGGUGGAGGAGAAUCUGCAGCAACGACAGGCAUCAAGAGGAUCACAGUUAGGAGAAAUGUUGGUGUUGCAUCACCACGUUCUCAAUCUCCUGCAAGAGCAAAUGGGAAUGCAGCAAAUUCUAAUAAAGCAUUGAAUGAGAAUCAGCAGCAACCAUCCCUUAGCCGCAACUCUUCAAGGAAAGCAGAACAAUCACCUUAUAGAAGGAACCCACUGAGUGAGAUUGAACCAAACUCCUUUGCUCUUCCACAAUCAACAGUCAAUAAUAACAGCAAUAGGGUGCAAAACAGACCCAGAAAGGAAUUUGAAACAGAAGCUAAUCAGAAACAAAAUGGAAGCAAAAUUGCAUUGGACAAGGGUGUAAGUGUAAAUUGCAAGACAAAGUUGCAACAAGAGGAAGAUGUCAAAGUGCAGUGUUCAAUGAUUGAUGACAUUGUUGUGAAGACAGUGGUACCACCAGGGAUUGACAAUCUAAAACCUCAUUCAUUAACACGAAGCAGAUCUUCUCGGCGAUCACGGGACUUAGACCUCAAUCCUGAAGCUCUAUUGAAUCCUCCACAGUCCUACGCUUCCCUGCUGCUUGAAGAUAUCCAGAAUUUCCAUCAAAAGAACCCACCUUCUGUUUCUCUCCCAGCUUGUGUCACCAAAGCUUGUUCUAUCCUUGAAGCGGUUGCUGAUCUCAACUCCAACACCAGCUUAAAUUUCUGUGGUGCUGAGGACAGGAGAAAGCCACCUGCUUUUCAAUCUAGUAAGAAUGAAUACAAUGUUCCAUUGAGUAUCAAUGAUUAUGGGAAAAGGGAAACAGAUACUGAGGAACCAGUUGUAGAAUCUAUGUUUGUUGUGGAUGAUGAUGAUGUGAUGGAACCAAGCUUGCAUAAGUAUGUGACAAUGAAUAUGGGUGGAGUGGACAUGGAGGACCAAGAGUCUUCAGGAAGCAAUAGCUUCACUGUCAGUAGUGGUCAACAGCAUUGGGGUGUUUCUUCUUCUUCAUGGGAACCAAGUUCUGUUGAUUCAAAAGAUUGUUGGACUUCAAGAUUGAACUACUCCAGAGAGGAGGGUCUGAAAAGUUCAUUGGAAGGGAAGAAAUUGAACAGCAAAAGGAGAGAGUGUGAUCACCAGCAUGGCAGUGGUUUAAGGGCGUGGCAGGCUUGGUGCCAAUAAAGUUCUUCACACCAUACCUGUUGUCUCUGCUACUGCAUCCACAUAGAAGUGUUAAAUGAAUCACCUUCAUCUUGUGUCUUCAAUACUCAAUCAGUUUGACAUUCCUUCUGUUUGGAGUUGCACACUUUGCAACCACUUCUCAUUUAAUCAAGGUUCACAUUAACACUGCUUGCCUCUCCUCUCUUGUAGCUUUGUGCUUUUUAUUUGUUCAAAUUGGAAUUGUAUAAAUAGGAUGAUCAGCCACACUUUCAGCUCCAUUUAUGCUCUUAAAAAGGAUGGUCUAGCUUUCCAAACACUGAUAACUACAAAUUGAGUUCUUUAAGGCCUUCCACAACUCCACAUCAUUCAAAGCCGAUGAGGAUAAUAACAUGUUUGGUUUUACGU